GGAGCCACAUUGGACUUCAGGAGCUGGAUUCGUAAGCGUUCAUAAACUCUCGUGGAGGGACCUCGGCUCCCUCAUGGCGUCGAACAACAGAAAGAGUCUCGAGUUGGUGGACAUCUCCCACCACGAAUUGGACGACGAUCAUGAGGAGCACUCGCUGCUCAGCGACAGCAAGCCGCGUGGUGACUCGGACUCAGAUGAAGGGGUGGGCAAGUCACGCCUUCCUAAGGGAGCCGUGGCAGCAACGUGGGAGGAGUACUGGCGAAAGAGCCUCGUGGCUCUCUUCUUCGGGUGCUCGCUCAACGUGCUGCUCGUCUUCAUCCCGCUCUCCAUGCUCGCAGUCGCCCUCAAGUGGCCGCAGGGUUGGAUCUUCACAUUCUCUCUGCUUGGAAUCGCCCCAUUGGCGGAGAGACUAGGGUUUGUCACAGAACAGCUGGCACUUUACACUGGCCCAACCCUGGGAGGUCUCCUGAACGCCACCUUUGGCAACGCCACAGAGCUCAUCAUAUCCAUCUUUGCCCUCCAGAACGGGUUGAUCCGCGUGGUGCAGAUGAGCCUGCUGGGCUCCAUUCUCUCCAACAUGCUGCUCGUGCUCGGCUGUGCCUUCUACGUUGGGGGGUUGCGCUACAGGGAGCAGACAUUCAACAAGACUGCUGCUCUAGUAAACUCAGGCCUCCUGCUCAUGGCAGUGAUGGGCCUGACGGCACCGGCAGUGCUGCAGUCAACACACACGGAGCUGCACGAGAGGGACAGCACACUCGCUCUCUCGCGCUUCAGCAGCGUCAUGAUGCUCGUGGCGUACGCUUGCUACCUCUACUUCCAACUCAAGACGCACUCGCACUUAUAUGACGAUGAGGGAGAGGAUGGGGACGAUGAGGAGGACGAGGAGCAGGUGCUGGGCUUCUGGGGAGCGAUAGUGUGGAUGGGCGUCAUCACCAUCUUCAUCUCCAUCCUCUCCGAAUACCUUGUGGACGCUAUUGAGGGAGCAGCGGACGCGUGGGACAUCCCAGUGGCGUUCAUCAGCGUCAUCAUCCUGCCCAUCGUGGGGAACGCAGCCGAGCAUGCUUCAGCUAUCAUGUUCGCUGCCAAGGAUAAAGUGGAUAUCUCCCUCGGGGUUGCCAUUGGCUCCUCCACUCAAAUCGCCAUGUUCGCUAUCCCCUUCUGUGUGGUGGUGGGGUGGGCCAUGGGAGUGCCAAUGGAUCUCAACUUCCAUCUCUUUGAGACCGCCACGCUCUGCAUGACAGUGCUUGUCGUCGCCGCCCUGCUUCAGGAGGGAGAGAGCAAUUAUUUCAAGGGCAUCAUGCUGGUGUUGAGCUAUCUAAUCGUUGCCGCCAGCUUCUAUGUGCACAACGAUAUUGAGGACCCAGAUGACCCAAUCCCCAUGGCGCCAGCCUCCGCUCCCUCGCCCAUGCCAUUCGGAGGCUGA